GAGCAAGAUGGGGAGAAGAAAUGGUGAGAACUAUGGCACCAGCCUGCCUGUGUCAAACAUCUCUCAGGAGGUAAGCCAGGCGCUGUUGACCUUGCUGUUGACCUUGAGCACUGGGGCAGCAGCUCCCACUGUUAAGACCUGAGUCCCAUUGAAUCUUACCGCUGAGGUCCCUGGCUGCUGUCCCUUCCUAAGCACUUUGUCCUGGGCUUUCCCCUUGGCACAUCUGGGAUAUCAAAUGGAAAAUUUUUAUUUCUUGUAACAAAGAAAAAGCUAAUCAGCUUCUCUCCAAAUCGCCAGACGUUGCCGAUUACAGUUGGAUUUUGUUUUAUUUCCUCCCACAUAUCUUGUGAAAAGUAUUGGUAAAGCAGGUGGGACAUCAAAAAGAAUAAGCAGUCCCAACCUGGAAGGAGACCGCAGCCGACUUGGCUUCAUGUGUCGUUGACAAACCUGGUUAUAUUAAUUUUAUUGUAUGAUCUCAACAGCACAGUUCAUCAGCGUCCCUUUGCCAUGCUAAUUGAAGGAUAUUUCUCUCCCUCUUUAAUGUGUACUUCAGUGGACCAGGGUCACAGGCAUGGCUGGGAGAACCUUGAGAGUCUGUCAGGGACAGAUUUAAAAGUACAGAUACCUGGCCUUAGCCUCAAGCUCCUAAAUCAGAAUUCGUAGUAUUUUUUCAAGUAUUACUUCUUAAAAAGCUCCCCAGGUAAUUCUCACAUAGAGAUGAGACCUAUAACAUAUUAUUUCAGAGAGCAGAGAACAAUUUACUCAUUUUAUUUUUUCAAACACCACCAAAGAGAAUCUACAGCCUACCUCCCAAGAGUCAACUCUCCUUCCUAUCAAGAGACGAUCUUUGCGGAUCAGUUAAAUCCUCACAUUGUAUUUAAGCUUAAUUCUCUCUGUUCCUCCUUAGCAUGGGGAUGACACUUCAUACUACCUGGCAUCGUCUUUGUAUAUUGCUUAGAGUUUAAUUUACAAAAAAAACUGACUUCACUUCUAAAAAAAAAAUACUUUAAAAAAAAAUAAACUAAUCACCUCCUCAUGUUCCCUUUUCCAGGAUAAAUUAUUACACCUUCUCCUACACAUCCUGCUUUUAUUUUUUUUUCCCCCAUAGCACUCAGCACAAUGCCUGGAACAUAAAUACUCAGUCGAUAUGAAUACAUUUUCUAAUUCAUUGUUUGGCUUUUUUUUGAGUAUUUCCUGAGUGUUUUCACCAUCUGAGGUCCAGAAUGAGUAGUGGGCUGGCCAGUAUUGAGUAUAAUGUGAGAAUUAGAGAAUUUUCUUUGGUUGAUGGAAAGAUUUUAUAGGCUCUCAGAUCUGGCACUCAGAUACAGAUGUGGUGAAUUUGCCAUUAUGUGCCAGAGACACAAUGGAGUGGACAUUUUAUUAUAUUUUUAAACUCAGUUUUGAAAAUCUAUGUGCCAUUAUUUUUAACGAAGUGAGAGUGAAACCAUAAGUUAUUGUAAAAGCCUUUUUAUUUCCUAAUAAGUGUUAUCAAACUGAUAAUGACUUGAUAAUAACUUGAUGAGAGAUUCAUACUCCUCAAAUAUGCUGGUAGUACCCUUAUAUGAAGUACACGGGUCAUGAAGCUUUGUGCCUUUUGUCACACUCUACCCAAAGGACAUGUCAAAUUAUGUACUUGAGCUUUUAAAAUUUUCUUAACAUUAAGUUUAUCCUAAAACAAAUAUUGUUUUAGAACUUAUCUCACUGGAAUUUGGAUUCAGAAGUACCUGUCCCUGAAAAUAAAAACCUCCCACCUGGAAGGGAUAGUGCAGCAGGUGAACCAUUUGGAAAUUCCAGUAGAGCAACUGAUGCUAGAACUGAACUUGUCAGAGCAUGCUCACAAAAGAACACAGAAUAGUAAACAAGGGAUAUUUCACUUAGGGAGUUAUCAUCUUAAAGAAGGAAGUACCAUGGACAACAGGGAUUUCAAAAAACCUUCAAUGGAAAUUGGCUUUAAUACAACCAACAAUCCCAUAAGGCUCUUCACUCUGAACCACUCACUAACAAGUGCUCCAGCUGAUAAGCAAGUUGGUUCUUACUCUGAACUGCCGACGCCAUUAGGUCUCUGCUGGCCCUAUGCUGUUGGAGACUUUUUUAAGGACAAAAAUGAGGUUCUUAUUAAUUUAUGUUCAGCUAUAGAAAACAACAAUGGUGAAACUUUAUCUGCUCCAAAUUGGAAUUUGAAGGAUAGAAACAGCAGUGUAGAAGAAAUUGUAACAGAUGAAAGUGAUUUGUCAGAAAAUGAAAAGGCAAAUGAUACUUUACUCAGCUAUUUUAAAAAGAUGGACCUGAACUUAAAGCCAGAAACAAUAGAAAAUGUUGAAGAAUCUUUCACAGAGGAAUCAAGUGAAGUAUUUCCAUAUCCUGAUUUUCUCCCUCCUCCUCUCAAUACUCUGGACUUGCACAAAUUAGCCCUCUCAAAAUCGGAAAAUUGGAAAGCAACAGUGGAAUCUCCCGAAAGCUGUAUUGAACAUUUGAUAACUCGUUUAUUGGAAAUGGAACGAUUACAACAUAUGACUAUACAAAAAGAGAGGCCAAGAUUACAAACUACCUUCUGUACUCCAGCAGUUACCGAACGACCUUUUUCCUCCAAAACUAUACCCAAAAUGAGACAGCCAAAACUUUCUGACUCUGUAAAUCUUCAGAUAACUUGUGUAGAUAAAACUAGAGAAAAAAGAAUAAAGACUUCUGGUUCUUGCAAGCUUGAACAAAAUGCUUCAAAAUGGAAUUGGAGCAGUGCUGACAAAUAUAAAUGGAAUUCUAGACCACCAUCUCUAAAAAGCUCGUCCACAACAAAACAAUUGAUGGCAACUUAUGAUGACUUUAAGAAUCCCCAAAGCUCCAUUUUAAAUCCAUGCCAAGAACUCUCAACCAAUCCCACUACUGCCCAGUCAACUCAAUCACUGGUUAAAGUGGUAUCAACAAGACCUUGUCUGCCAACAAGGUCUCUAAUACCAGUUUCACCCAUACAUCUGUCUUUUUCUGAAAAUCAGAGGGAAGAAAUUAAGGCACCCAGGACCAAAAAGAAACUUUACCGAAAACACAUAGCAUUGAACAGACCAUCGUAUAUUCAGAAGCUGAACUGUCUGUCGCCUUCAUUUAGAGAUAAGGGUAAGUGCUUGCCCACUGAGCAAAAAUAACAUUUUUCCCCUUACAUCUCAAUGUGAGCAAAUCUGUUCCAAGAAGCCCAGCUAAAAUAUGGUUCAUCAUUUCGAGAUGCAGGUAUUACACACACACACCCACGCACACUCAAAUUACUUGAAGUGAUAUGAAGUGGAACCUGUGGAAGUCACUGCUGAGAUCAGGUUAUAUAUCAACACAAGGUAACACAUUCAACAGUCUUUUGCAUGUUGUUUCAAAACGUUUCACUUAGUAAACUAUUCUGCUGAAAAGAGUGUUCUUUUGUAGUGAUUGUUUCCCAGUACAGUUCCAUCAUCAAUAAAUGGCAUAGCUGACA